CUUCAACCCGUGCAGAACUCGCUGUACCAAAAAAGGAAGUCUUGUUUGGCACAGUCUCAAGAGGGUAUAAAGACCUUAACUAAUCUUUGAUUGUCAGAGUAACACCUCAGCUCUCUAGCUCUUCGCAUCUGAUCUCCAAAUUUGAGGCCUCAUCUUGCCUCUCUGUUCUUUAACUUUUUUCCAUUUACUUACUUAGUUCAUUAGACAAAGACAAGACUUUGUGUUAUGAGGUUUAUUCCAGGACUUAGUCCUUGGAUAUAACCUUAAGAUAUAUCUAUUUAACGUUUAUAAUCAAACAUUUAUAUUGCUGUAUUAUCACAUUUAUUUUCAUUAUUUCAUAUUUUAUUCAUUUAUUAAUUUCUGCCAAUUAAAAUAGUUAUUCCUUCUACAAAUCAUCUGAUUUAUUGCUGGAUCACUCUGCAUCACUUUUAUUUUGGCGACUUGUUGGAACCAGGAAGUAAAAGGAAAACUCAAAUCUGACGUUUCAUGUGUCGAUUUUCGCUGUAAUAAUUCGAAGAUGACACGGGCCAAACCAGAGGAUGACGAGUACUGGAACAACUCAAAAUUCAAAGCUUUCACGUUUGAUGAUGAUGACGACGAGUUUUCAAGGCUGAAAGAGUCCAAACGGGCCGUCAACAGCAUUCUGGUCGGUGAUGAUGAUGAUGAUGAUGAUGAUGACGAAGAUGAUGUUGAGAGGGUCAGCUGGAGUGGAGAACCGGUGGGAAGCAUCUCUUGGUCGGUCAAAGAGACCGCCUCCAGCAUCCGAUCAGGGAGCGAGCAGAGCUUUCCCAAAAUAGACACCACUCCUUCACUGUCCAAACAGGGAUCUGGAUACUCCCUGAGCGCUCUGUUUAAAGCAAAGAGCAAACCUGGUGGUUUUCAGUCUUUCUCAGAGUCCUUUAGCGACACAUCUGUGAGAACAUAUGCACCAGAGCUACGGAGGCCUAAGUCAGAUGGAAAGGAUUUUGUCGGUGACCUGAGUCUUGAGGAAACUGUGAGGAGAAUGCAGAAAGGAAGGACGUACUCCCUGGAAAAGUUCCGCUCUCUGCAGGACAAGCUUCUGCUGCUGGAUGAAGCAGUUGCUGUUUAUGAUGGCAAUGUCAUAACUGCGGUUUUGAUAUAUCUCAAAAAAUCAUUAAGUAAAGAAAUCCUCUUUCGAGAGUUAGUGGCAAGAGAUGUAGCUUUACAUCAUUACGUUCACUAUUUAAAAGAGAUGGGAGAGCAGAAUCUUUUGGUGGAAUUACUAAAGGCACUUGGCAGGACAGAAGAUAUGGCGUUGAUGCAAUACAAGGAACACUUGAAUAUUAACGAUGAAGGGCGAAGAAGAGAUUUCCUCAAAAAUUGCCUCAGCCUUCCUUUCUCUCAAGAUGAUGCAACUCAUGUUCAAGACCACUAUACACUCCUCGAGAGGCAGAUAAUCAUAGAGGCUAGUGACAAAAAGGCACAGGCAGACGUCUUUAAGAAGUUCCCCAGAAAAGCGUCCAUCUUAAAUAUGCCAAUCAUUACCACACUCUACUACUCCUGCUUCUAUCAUUACGGAGAGUCAGAGGGAACUUAUAGCAGCCCUGCGAACAUUAGAAAAACCUUCAGGAUUUCAGAUAAGCAGUACAUUCUCACAGCUCUUGGUGCAAGGGCUAAGUUGAAAUCAUGGUUUGAUGUGGAUAGUCUCUUCAACACCAAGAACUGGCUGGGAUACACCAAGAAAAGAUCCCCCAUUGGCUUCCACAGAGUGGUGGACAUCCUACAGAAAAACAAUGCACCUGUACAGGUGCUGGAGGAGUAUAUGAACCUCAUUGAUGACCCAGAGCUCAAGCUUAGUAUGGCUCUAAAAUAUAAAUGCCAUGACAUCGUCAUCAAUACGUACAGAGACCUGAAGGACCGGCAUCAGCUUACUCUGUACAAGGAGAAGUUGGAACGAGACUCUGUUGAAUACAGGAAGAUUCAGGAACUCCUCAAUAAUGGGCAAAUCAGAUGGAAAAACUGACACAUGGAGCCUGACAAUAUUGCACAAAAACACCAUGAAGCUGCCUAAGAAGGAACCUUGUCACAGGCUGGACAAACAGGACUGAGAGAUCCCUAACUUGCUCAAAGUCUCAAGGGCAUCGACUGCUUAAAAAAACCAGUGGUCCCUUCUGCUUUAUUCAGUGGGAUAAUUCUCUUGCCAGUGUCUGCUUAGUAUGAUUGUAAACCUGCCAAGUGUCCUUCUGCCAACUGUAGAGGUGAACACUGAUGGAACAUUUCAACUGAAAUAAGGAAGACAACAUCAGUGUGCACGUUACUGACGUGCACAAAAUAUUACUUGUCACUCUGAACUCUCCACACCCUUUUGUUUUUUCCCGUGUAUAAAUGUAAGGACAUUCCUCCUCCACUGUGUUUUACAUAUUAAAGAUAAUAUAUGAUACAAUUAUUUGAGGACUGUCUGAUACAGUACAGGCUGUCUGGUUAUGUGACUCUAUCUUUUUUUUUUUAGUUGCUGUUCUGAAAAGUGCUUGACACAAGUUCUCUGAAAGAUAAUAGGGUAACCACAAAGUUUCUGUUAACAAGUGUUAUUUAUAGUCUGAAUUAUAACCUCAGAUUGAGAGUGCUUAGUAUCAGUAUGAGCCAGGGAGUUUUGGAUAAAAGCGUCUGCUAAAUGUCAUUGAUUUUAUCACCCUUUUUCUAUUCUUCUUUUCCAUAACCAUAAAACUCAGAAAGAAUUGAACAGUUUUAUAGAGACUGACAAAUUGAAACGACCUUGUUUUCAUCUAAAAUGUGAUGGAUUGUAUGCAUUAUACAUUUUAUUACAGAUGUUGUUAGACCAUAAUAACCACAGGUAAGACCAUGGAUGGUUUUUCAAAACUAUGGUUGAACAUAACGGUUUCUAUAAAACAGACCUGUAUUUAUUAUUUUAAAAAUUUGCCAAACACAUUUGGAAUUUAAACUCAUAAAAAUAAAAAAUCUCCCUCAUCCUCUAAUAUA